CGCGUCUCCUCGCAGGAAGUGAAGGCGCGGAGGAAGGAAGACUUUAAAAAUGGCACGAGAAAGAAGCCCAGCUCUAUGGCUUCACCCUCAAACAAGUGCAACUCGUAAAAUGCCGGUGUGCCACAGAAUACUCCUACUUUUAUGGCUACUCCACUUUUCUUCCGUAUAUUCAGAUAUAACGGACGGGAAUGUGGAGCACUUAAAGCGGGAGCACUCGCUCAUUAAGCCAUAUCAGGGUGUUGGAACGAGUCCAUCAAGUCAGUGGGACUUUCGGGGAAGUACUUUAGUAACCAGCCAGUAUGUGCGUCUGACUCCGGAUGAGAGGAGCAAACAAGGGUCCAUCUGGAAUACAGUGCCCUGCUAUUUGAAGGAUUGGGAGAUGCAUGUGCAGUUUAAAAUUCAUGGAUCAGGAAAGAAGAAUCUCCAUGGAGAUGGUUUUGCCAUUUGGUACACGAAAGACAGGCUACAUCCUGGCCCAGUAUUUGGAAACCAAGACCAUUUUGUAGGCCUGGCUGUUUUUGUGGAUACCUUCCGUAAUGAUCUACAAGGAAUGGAUCGCUCGUUUCCCUAUAUUUCUGCGAUGGUGAAUAACGGCUCCCUGCCGUACGACCACAGGCAAGACGGUCGGUCUACUGAAUUGGGAGGCUGCUCUGUGAAAGUCAGGAACCAAGAUCAUGACACAUACCUGGCCAUUAGAUACUCCAAAGGCAGACUCACGAUUAUGAUAGAUGUGGAUGACAGGAAUGAUUGGAAAGAAUGCAUUGAUAUCGGAGGUGUCCGCCUCCCUACAGGAUACUAUUUUGGGGCUUCUUCGGCCACAGGAGAUCUUUCUGAUAAUCAUGACAUCAUCUCUAUGAAGAUGUACCAGCUGAUGGUGGAACACACUUCUGAGGAGGACAACCAGGACUGGACGAAGAUCGAGCCUAGUGUCAGUCUCCUCAAGUCGCCGAAAGACAAUAUUGAUGAUCCGACGGGAAAUUUCCGAAGCACGCCCCUCACUGGCUGGAAGGUGUUUCUGCUUCUGCUGUGCGCUCUGCUGGGAAUCGUGGUUUGUGCCGUUGUUGGUGCCGUGGUCUUUCAGAAGCGUCAAGAGAGGAACAAGAGGUUCUACUAAACAACAGGAUUUCAAAGAACUCUGGAGAUUGUAGGUGAAA